ACAUAGCAAUUAGCAAUAUUUUUAUUCUUAAAAUAGAAAUAAAAAAUGAUUCUUUUAUUAAUUAAAUUAUAUCGUAAUAUUUUUAUGCAUUUUCUAAAUCUAACGUAAUAGUCAUUUUUAUGGAAAAAUCUUUCUAUUUUCAAACAAUUUCAAUUUCUUUGAUUUAUUUUUUUAUAUGUAUAUUACCAUAUCUAUUUUCUAUAUAAAUUAGUUAAAUUUCUAGAAAAAAAAAUUCAUAAUGAUUGAUCUUUUAUGUCAUUAAGAAGGAUAUAUAUGCAAAAUUGGAAUACAUUUGCAUUAAUUUUGAAAAAUGCUGGAAAUCAUUAUAGACUGUAUUAUUAUUUUUUUAAAUUUAUUUGCUCAUAAGAAACAAAUAUCUGUUUCAAGCGUAUCUUUCUAUUAACAUAAAUGUUAUAAUAUCGUUUUUAAAAUUAAUAAAGAAAAUCUAAUGAAUUGUCCAAACAAUUUUUUUACUACCACAUUAAUAGUACACUAUAGAUAUAAACCACGUGCGUCAAUAUUAAAAAGAUUAGACUAUAACUAAUAAUUGGCUUGUUUGUGAAAAACUGAUUAUAUAUGACGAAUGUAUAUUGGUUUUUUUCUUCAAUCAAAAAAAAAAAAAAAGAAAUUGACGUCAUCGUGGAAUUAGAUUAUUGUAUUUAAUGAGAUAAUAUAUUUUAUAAAACUAAAUUUUUUUUAUAAGAUAAAUUAUUUAAACUCAAUAAUAAUUAUAGUUAUACAAUUAAAUAAUUUAUUUAAACAUUUUGAUAUUUAAAAAUGACCAUUUAUAUAAUAUCUAUAUACAGAUAUUAUCGAAAUUUAUUUGUAAUUUACGAUGAUAACAUUUGAUUAAUUUUAAAAUUUGAAAAUAAUAAUAAAAAUGGGUUACGUGCUGGUCAUUUUUACUCUAUUAUUGAUGAUGUGGGCAUCCUUGGCUCGGAUGCACGAACUUCCAGUGCAAUAUCCACCGUGUUUCUUCAACCCCCUUUGUACUUGCUCCAAAGCCAUUCCUGAUUUGGGUAUAGUGACCUGUUACAACGUACCAAUGCCGCGGAUACCUCUGCCAAUAAAUUCUUCCAAGGUGUUUAUGCUACAAUUGGAGAACAAUGGAUUGAUGUUCUUGCAACCACAGUUUCUCAUGAACACAGGUCUGUACAAACUACGAAUCAAACAUAAUCCCUUGGCUGACAUCCCUGACGAAGCUUUCCUAGGGCUUGAGAGAUCGUUAUGGGAGCUCGAAUUACCCUACAAUCGGCUGGAAAAAAUUCCUAGCAAGUCAUUCAGACAUUUGCAGAAAUUACAACUUCUUGAUCUAACAGGAAACAAAAUAUCAAAGAUCGCCUCAGACAACUGGCGUGGUCUCGAGAAUUCCUUGCAAAAAUUGCGAUUGGGGCGUAAUGCGAUCGACAAACUUCCAGCAGACGCGUUCGCGGGUCUCACUUACUUGGAUAUGCUCGACCUACGUGACAAUAAUCUGAAGGAAAUCGAUCCUUCCGUAUUCAGAGAUGGCAUGGCGCAUCUGAUACAUCUGUAUCUGAACGGAAAUCAAUUGACACACAUACCUUACGCGCAAUUAUCGUCAUUGAAGCGGAUGAAGGUGUUAGAUCUUAGCUAUAACAGGAUAUCGAAAAUGUUGAACCCCCAACUGGAGUCAGAAAUCAAGGGACUUCAGAUGUCUCUCGAUAUAUUGCGUCUGGAUUACAAUCAAAUCGAAACUCUGAUGUCUCGUGAUUUUCAGCACUUUUUAAAAGUCAACAGGACUUAUUUGGAUGGUAAUCCUUUAACGAUGAUCGAGGAGGGUACGUUUAGAGAUUCGAGAAUACGGGAACUUUAUUUGAGCGAUUGCGAUCUAUUGGAGAUCGAUUCAUCUAAUUUCGUUGGUUUGGAAUCGUCUCUCGAAUUGCUGGAUCUCUCGGGAAAUAAUAUUACGUUACUUCCAAGUCCUAUCUUCCAAGAAUACGAUUUUCUACGCACUUUAAUCUUCCGUGAAAACAAGAUUCAAACCUUUUCACCGGCCGAAGUAUUUAAUGGUUUCCAAUAUUCUUUGUAUAAUCUGGACUUGAGCGGGAAAGAAAACAGCGUGGUGUCACUUCAAGAUCUUCGACAAAUGAGGAAUAUGCGAUUCCUUUCUAUCUCACGAAUACCAGAGUCGACGUUAUCCCCAGAUAAUUUUAUGGAAUACGGGAUGGAUAUCAAAGAGCUUCGUAUUGUGAAAAGUAAUCUGAACGCCAUCAAAAGUCAUGCUUUCAUGCAUGUACGUGGAAUCAAAUAUCUGGAUUUCUCUGAAAAUUCGAUAUCCACAAUAGAAGACGAAGCUUUCUCCGAGGUCGGCCAUUCGCUUCUAACAUUGAGAAUGUCUCACGCUCUAUCUUCUUCCGUUUCUGAAAUACCGAAAGCGCCAUUUAAAUUCCUGACGAAUCUACAACAUUUUGAUUUUAGCAACAAUAAAAUUAAAUCACUACCGGACACGUCUUUUCAUUUUCUGAAGAGGAUUAAACGAAUGGAAUUGCAGGACAACGAAAUCGAUAGUAUCAGAAAAGGGACUUUUCAGGGCGAUAUACAUUCCUAUCUGGAAGAAGUGAAUUUCUCGUUUAAUAUGAUUAAAACGAUCCAAACUCAUACGUUCGUCGACCUGCCAAAAUUAACUAUGAUAAAUUUAGAGGACAACGCUAUAGAUAAAAUCGAGAGGAGAGCAUUUAUGAACAUGAAACUGUUGAAAUAUAUUAAUUUGCGAGGCAACAAAAUAAAGGAUAUCACGGAUGAAGCCUUCCAGAAUUUACCAGAUCUGGAAUAUCUUGAUCUCGCGUAUAACGAUCUGAUCGAGUUCGAUUUCGCUUCGUUCGACCAAGUAGGAACGUUGUCGUCGUUCAAAGUGAACGCUAGCCAUAACGAAAUCCCGAAAUUAUGGAUUAACAGUACCACAUUCACGCCACCGACCACCAUCGGCGGAACAAUUCAAUCGAACAUCAAAGUUCUCGACCUCAGCUACAACAAUAUAUCCGAUAUAAUGAAGUAUUAUUUCAAGCCAGUGGAAUUCUCGUUAACACAUCUCUAUCUGGCUCAUAACCAACUGACAAACGUAACUCAAGGUGUCUUUGGAAAUAUGCCACACUUGCAAUGGCUUGACCUUAGUCACAACGAACUGAUGGAAAUCGACUUCGAUUGCUUCAGAAACACGAAAAAUAUCCAAGUGCUCUUCCUUUCUUGGAACAAUAUCAUGGACAUCCCAGCAGAGGCAUUUAGACCAUUGAAGAAGCUAAGGAUCAUUGAUCUUUCUCAUAAUAGGCUGAGAACAUUGCCGGAUAAUAUGUUUUCCGAAGCUAAUAUCGAGAGUUUGGAUCUGUCUCAUAAUCAAUUUAUGAGAUUACCCACAAAAACCAUGUCUAUCUCAGCAGCUGCUAGUUUAUCCAUGUUGGAUUUGUCUUGGAACACUCUCUCGGGAAUCCAUACUACUGACGCCAUAUUUAGAUUACGAAGUUUGACAUGGUUAGAUUUAUCAUACAAUCGAUUGGUUAGGCUCGACGACGGGAUAUUCUCUGAUUUAUCAUAUCUAACUCAUCUAGACUUGAGUCACAAUAAACAAUUACUUUUGGAAUCACGUGGAAGAACAUUUCAUGGCUUAGAGGACUCGCUUUUAUAUCUUGAUUUAAGCAACAUUUCGCUUUUAAGUGUGCCAGAAUUGCCAUUAAGACGAUUGCAAACGUUGUACUUGGCACAUAAUGAGUUGGCAUCGAUACCACCGGAAAUGGCAUCGAAUUUAACGUCUCUUCACUAUUUAGAUCUGAGUGCCAACGAUCUAACAGUGGUACCAUUGAUCACGCACACUCUACCUGAGUUAAAAACUUUUAAUUUAGCCGAUAAUCCAAUCACGGCUGUUACCAAUACUAGUUUCUUAGGUAUCGCAGAUAGCCUUGAGGAAUUGGAUAUACGACGAUUAUCUUUAUUGACAUUCGAAAGUGGAGCACUUUGUAAAGCUACAAAACUUCGUAAGUUAUAUAUAACUGCUUACAAUGGUGUGAAAAAUUUUAAUUUUCCCAACAUUCUUGAAUAUAAUCACGGCUUAAGGCAUUUAGUCAUUGAUGUACAAAAUGAUACGAAUUUGGAAAAAGAAAUGAAAGGAAAGUUUCCUAAUAAAUUAUUUAAUAUUACGUUGACAGGUCGAGCAUUAAAGAAUGUAGACUCGGAUAUAUUGCGAGGUAUAAGAAAUCCACAUUUGCAUUUUGGAAUGUUCAACACGAGUGUGAAUACCGUGCCUAAGCAAAUAUUUGAUAAUGCAGAAUGGGUGAGAAAUGUGACGGUUCAUCUUCGCCAUAAUGACGUGCGAACGCUUCACAAUCCAUCUAAUGGAUACAAACCAGGCGUGCCAGGAAAACGAUUUCUGUUGAAACUCACGGUGAGAGGAAGCUAUUUUACUUGUGAUUGCGACAUUGGAUGGAUGGAAACCUGGCAGAGAAAACAUAGACAAUAUCAAGAGGAUCGUUGCACUACCUAUAGUGAAUUUAAAAAUAUCGAACGAGAUGAAGAAGAUGAUGAAUUCGAUUGCUGGGACAAUGGUUGGGAUGACGAUUUACGCGAAUCAUUUUGCUUAAAUAAGAAUAAUAUGUCAGUAUUAGAAGCAUUGAAAACAGAUCUUGAAUGUGGAUGGGGAACUGCGACUUAUAUUCAUACACCUCAUUAUCUCGUUGUCUUCCUUUUCGUUAUUUUUGCAAUGAUUACUUAUUAGAUCUUACUUUUUAUGUAUUUGUAUUUUAUGUGAUCACGAUCAUUCAACAAAUUUCCUUUCCUCGAAAUGCAUAAUAAUUUGAAGUGCAAACAUGUGAUUUAUCAUUUAUCAAAGUAAAGUUAACCUCUAUUCUAUUUUAUUUCAAAAAGGAAUAAUGUAUCGUGAAUAUGAUCACAUUUAUUUGUCAAUAGAUAUUAAUUGUAGUUAUGUUUUGUGAAUGUAAAUGAUUAUGAAGUUAUAUUAUUACAUAUAUUAAAGGGUUAUUGAAAUAUUGGUAAAUAUCAAUAUUUAUGACAUAUUUAAUUAAAUAACUAUAAUAGGUUAAGUACAUCGUUUUAAUUCCUUAUUUAUUUAUCAUCGUUAAUAACAAUUAUUUAUUGAUGUAUAUAAUCUAGUGAUUAAUAUGAAUAUGAUUAUAUUCACGAUUGUUUAUAUUUAAUAUACUCUCUUUCGAUAGUAUUGUUUUAUAUUAAAUAACAUCAAAUAUGAACAUUUUUUGAACAUAAUGAAAUAAUUUUAAAUUGAAUUUGCACUUUAAUUAAAUAUAUCAGAGGAAAUACAAAUUUUUGCACUUCCUUCCAUUUAAAGCAGCACGCUUCGAAUCAAUGAGACUGUUGGAUCAAUUGUUCAGAUACUCGUACAAAGUGACUGAUUACGGAUCGAUCGUACUAGAAAAACAUUUGAUAUGUUUUUUUUUUUCGAUAUACACGAAUCCGUUGCAUUAAUAGGAAUUGAAGUUUUAUUCUUUGUUUAUAAUUAUCGGUGCAUUUGUUGCGAUUGUUAUACAAUGUAUAAAUAUCAUGUAGUAACAGGAUUUUUCUUUCAUAUUUUAUAUUAUUGUCAAACUAAGAACUUGUAAAAAAAAAAAAAAUUAGAUGAUAAUUAUGAUAGAAUCUUUAAAAAAAGUGAAGAUUAAACAAAAAAUAUUUUCGAAAUUUUAAACAUUUCUCUUUUAUGAUUUUCCAAAAAAUCUUAGCUUGACAGUGAAAAUAUUUAAUAUGUUUCACAAGUAAUUCAAAACAAAAAAUCGAAUGUUUAAAAAACUGAUGAAUGAUUAUUAAUCUAAUGCAUGAUUAUUAUGAUUUCAAAAAAUAAUAUUACUAAUCUAAAAUUAAUUCGAUAGCAGAAAUUUUUUUAUUAUCUGUUUAAAAAACAAAAAUAUUUCCUUUAAAGUAUAUGCUGUUAAUGCAUUUUUUAAUAAAAUUACACCGAAUACUAUGA